AUGAGUGCUAAUGUUUUUGCGAAACAUGGAUUAAGUUCCAUUCGCUUAAUUUCUGGCACUAAAUACGUCCAAUUUCUAUCAAAGAUCAAGAAGCUGAGACGCCUCGUUAGGACUCCUACACUCGUAGACGGAACCCUUACUGCCGUAGACAUCGUCGAGAGGGUGAUUCAGUACACGAAGAUCGUGCUCGCCUAUGUCGAGAGCGCUCGAGCAGCCACUGAGAGCGCUCAGGCAUACGUCGAGAUCGCUGCAGCAUAUGCUGAGAGCACUAGAGCAGCCGCCGAGAGUGCGCGAGUAGCCAUCAAAGCUGCGAGGACCGCCCAAGUCGAGAUCAUGAAGAUGGUGGAAGGCAAGGAGAGUUCAUGA